CUCAACAUCACGACGCAAAUGCAGCCUCAAACUGCAACAAACUUUGAACACUACUCGGAACAUUCACCUCCAGUGAUUAUCUGCUGUAUUUUGGUUUCGCCGCCAAAACCUUUCCUAUUUAGAUAACACACCCCGUGGAUCACUUUCAUUGGGCUCGGAAUUCCCAUGAAUGCAGGUAUCCAUAACAAAGGUUAAUCCGCACGUUCGCCGCAAACCGCUUCGACCUAUUCUUAUCCUCAUUUUCUUAUCGAUGACUUGCCGGAUGGAACCCCACGGUCCCAAUUUAGUCACGAGCAAAGUAUCAGUUAAAUUGAACCAGAUAAUGCGAUAUCGCAGUAGGAUAAAUUGAUAGCGUAAAAAGAGCGUACAAACCUACAAUUUUAUCGAGUUCGCAGUCAUUCCGUUGUAACAUUCCAUUUGGUCUACACGUAUCAGCUCUAGCUCGAAAGGACUUCAACCUUACAUAGUAUCACGUGUUCAAUUGAAAGAAAAUUCUUCAAGCAGUUUUAAAGUUUCUAGUGAAAACAUGUUCCAAUUAACUGGACAAGCAUUGAGCCGUAAUGGUCAGCAGUUGGUACGCUACGGAGCAGUAAGAUGUCUGGCUACGGUGCCGAAGGCCAAAGCCGCAGAAAAAUCGAGCAGUCCUGAACCGAAGCCGAAUCAAUCGUUUAUGAUGAAUAUCUUCGGUGGAAAAUUGCAAACGUCGCAGCUGUUUCCGUACCCUGAACCUCUCAAUGUGGAGCAGAAAGAAUACAUUCAGGCGUUCAUUGACCCAGUUAAUCGAUUCUUCAACGAGACCAACAAUCGCAUCAAGAACGAUGAAACUUGCAAUGUCGAUGAACAGACGAUGGACGUCGUCUGGGAGCUGGGGCUCAUGGGAACAUCGAUACCGGAGGAGUUCGGUGGAUUAGGACUGUCGAACGUGCAAGCUGCCCGGUUGAGCGAUAUCAGUGGAGGAAACGAUCUUGCCUUUACGAUUCAUAUUGGAGCACAUCAAUCGAUUGGAACGAAAGGUAUUCUGCUCUACGGAACGGAAGCCCAGAAGAAAAAGUAUCUACCGCAGCUGAGUUCAGGACGCGUUUUUGGUGCAUUUGCUUUGACCGAGCCGUCGGUAGGAUCGGAUGCUGCGUCGGUUAAAACCAAAGCUGUGCUAAGCCCGUGUGGAAAGUACUACAUCCUGAACGGUUCGAAGCUUUGGUGUUCCGGCGGUGGUAUAGCAGAUAUCUUCACUACGUUCGCACAAACCGAAGUAGUAGAUUCAAAAACGGGACAGAAGAAGGACAAAAUGACUGCGUUCAUUGUAGAACGUGGAUUCAAUGGAGUGAGUUCUGGACCGCCGGAAAAGAAAAUGGGUUUAAAGUGUUCCAUAACAACGGAUGUAUACUUCGAUGAUGUUAAGGUUCCGGUGGAAAACGUUCUCGGAGAAGUCGGAAAUGGUUUCAAAGUAGCGGUCAAUAUUCUGAACUCCGGUAGAUUCGGAUUGUGCGCAAUGUUGACGGGGACGAUGCGAACUUGCAUCGAGAAGGCAGCGGAACACGUAUCAAACCGUGUUCAGUUCAAACGCAAGUUGAUGGAGUUUGAGAAUGUUCAAGAGAAACUAGCCAAGAUGGCUAUGCACCAUUACGUUGCUCAGUCACUAGGCUACAUGGUUUCGGGUAACAUGGAUCUGGGAUCGACUGAUUACCACUUGGAGGCGGCUAUUACCAAAGUGUUUGGAACGGAGGCAGGAUGGUAUGUUUGUGAUGAGGCUAUUCAGCUAUUGGGUGGAAACGGUUACAUGCAAGCUCCGGGUCUGGAACAGUUCUUGAGAGAUAUGAGAGUUUUCAGAAUCUUCGAAGGUGCCAACGAUGUGCUGAGACUGUUCAUUGCAUUGACCGGCAUUCAACAUGCUGGUAACCAACUGAAGGGGCUGCAGAAGGCGAUGAAGAGUCCACUGACGAAUCUCGGAACUGUAUUCCAGGAAGGGACGAAGCGUUUGUCGCGGCAAAUGGGAGCAGGCGGUACGGAUUUGAGCGAAUUUGUUGUCGAUCCGCUAAAGGAUUCAGCAAAACUUUGCGCCCAGAGCAUCGAUCAAUUCAAUCAAACCAUCGAGUCUCUGCUGAUCAAGCACGGAAAAAACAUCGUCGAAAGACAGUUUCUAUUAGCAAGGGUAGCUGAUGCGGCCAUUGAUAUCUACACCAUGGCAUGUGUGCUGUCACGUGCAUCGCGAGCUGUUCGCAAGGGACUCCCAUCUGCGGAACAUGAACUUCUAAUGACCCAAGCAUGGUGCACAGAGGCAAACUACCGAGUGCAACAAAAUAUUCAACGCAUCCAUUCCGGAGUGUUCAAUGAAAACUACCAGAGGAUGGCAAAGAUUGCGUCGAACAUUUGCAGUCAUCAAGGCCCGGCUCAUACUAAUCCCAUUGAGGUGGACUAACAGCGCACAAGUCCAGAAGACUGGUUAUUUCAUAAGGCGUAGAUCUAAGUUGUGCACGUUAAAUUAUUCUGUCAGUCAGGAAUCAUCAAGUCAUAAAAGCGUAAUACAUGAAAAUACAAUAACUUA